CAUACCUUCAUGGCCUAUUAGGACAGCUAGAGUAAAGCCUCGGACUGAGAUAUUCUAGCCCAUGACAGUUGGAAUUGCUCACCUGCCUGCUAGUAGUGACAAUAGCCAACAAAGCUAUUGCAAAUCCUCAGAGAGAAUUUUCACUACCCCUGAUCAGACCUGACCCCCUGAAAAUUUUACAAGAUGUCUGACCAAUCCACCCUCCUCCUACUUAUACAGCAACUCCAGCAAGAACUCCAGAACCAGCGCACCGAGAUCCAGACCCUACAUGCAGAUCUAAAUACCUCCCGAGCUGACGUCCAGCUACUCCAGACCCAGCUCUUAUCUAUGUCAAGAUCCCGCCUACCAGACCCUCCCCAUUUUGAUGGCAAACCAUAUACUCUGCGCACCUGGCUCCCAUCCAUCCAAGCAAAACUCCAAUCAGACAAGCUCACUGGAGCUGAUGCUUUUAAUUAUGUAUGGGAUUAACUAGAACAGCCACAACAGGCUUCAGUCCUUCACCUACGCCAAUCUGCAGAAGAAACCCAGUUAUGGGAUGCAGAAGUCAUCUUCUCAUUCUUCCAGCAUCUUUGCCAUAAUCCCAGAGAACACCAGGAAGCCAUGCAGCACUUUACUACUGUGCAGCAACAGGAAGAUAAGUCCCUUAUUGCCUUUCUUGCCCGCUUUAAGCGCCUUAUGUAUGAGGCUGGAGCA